AUGGCAUCCAUUAACAUGUCAUAUAUUGACCCUACAACAGUAAUGCUAAUUGGGAUCCCUGGACUAGAGCACGUGCAAUUUUGGAUUGGGUUUUCUUUCUUUGUAAUAUGCGUGGUGGCUCUUCUGGGAAAUAUCAUUUUACUGAUCAUCAUCCCAGCAGAACGCAGUCUGCAUCAACCCAUGUACAUCUUCCUGGCAGUGUUGGCAGCCACUGAUAUAGGACUCUGUGUAGCCAUUGCUCCCAAGAUGUUGGCCAUCUUCUGGUUUGGGUCUUGCUCCAUGACUUUUGAUGCUUGCUUAGCCCAGCUUUUCUUCAUCCAUGCCUUGCAGGGCAUGGAAUCUGGCAUCCUGUUGGCGAUGGCCUUUGACCGCUAUGUUGCCAUCUGUGAUCCACUGAGACACACAUCCGUCCUCACACCUUUCAUUCUGGUUACUAUGGUGCUGGUUGUGGCAAUUCGGGCAAUGGUGCUUGUUGGCAUUUUACCAGUUUUAAUCAAAAGACUACAUCUUUUCCAUUCCAUUGUAAUUGCCCACUCUUACUGUGAGCACAUGGCUGUGGUCAAGUUAGCUGCAGAAGAUGUCAGAGUCAAUAAGACGUGUGGUCUCCUUGUAGGUUUUACCAUAUUAGGAUUUGACAUGAUUUUUAUCCUCAUUUCCUAUAUCCUUAUUUUCCAAGCUGUUUUUCGUCUACACCAAAAGGAGGCACGGCUCAAAGCAUUUAAUACAUGUACAGCUCACAUUUUUGUUUUCCUUGAAUUUUAUAUUCUUGCCUUCUUCUCCUUCUUUAGCCACCGUUUUGGACAUGUUGCUCCCCCUACCCACAUUCUUCUGUCUACCAUCUAUCUCCUUGUGCCACCCGCACUCAAUCCUAUUGUUUACGGUGUAAAAAACAAGGUAAUCCGUAAACGUGUGGCACAGAUUUUUUUUCUGAAUCAUCAAUCCCAGCAGUAA